AUGGCUUCCAACGAUAAGGGUCUUGAAGACAUCCCAGAUACCCAAAUCGAGUCCAACUACGAUGAAAUCACCGAUUCGUUCGACGCUAUGAACCUUCGCUCUGAAUUGCUGCGAGGUGUCUAUGCGUACGGUUUCGAACGCCCGUCUGCUAUCCAGCAGCGGGCUAUCAUGCCAGUCAUCAAGGGCUCUGAUGUCAUUGCUCAGGCUCAGUCUGGAACUGGAAAGACUGCCACUUUCUCCAUCUCUGCUUUGCAGAAGGUUGACACAAACCUCAAGGCCUGCCAGGCUCUCAUCCUGGCUCCCACCCGUGAGCUUGCCCAGCAGAUCCAGAAGGUCGUCGUCGCCAUUGGUGACUUCAUGAGCAUUGAGUGCCAUGCUUGCAUUGGUGGUACCAGUGUCCGUGACGAUAUGAAGGCUCUUUCAGACGGCCCUCAAGUCGUCGUCGGUACUCCUGGCCGUGUCCACGACAUGAUUCAGCGCCGUGUCCUCAAGACUGACCACAUGAAGAUGUUCGUCCUCGACGAGGCUGACGAGAUGCUUUCUCGUGGUUUCACCGAACAAAUCUACGACAUUUUCCAGCUGUUGCCUCAAUCCACCCAGGUCGUCUUGCUCUCUGCCACCAUGCCCCAGGAUGUCUUGGACGUUACCACCAAGUUCAUGCGCGACCCAGUUCGCAUUUUGGUCAAGAAAGCCGAACUUACCCUUGAAGGUAUCAAGCAAUUCUACAUUGCCGUCGAGAAGGAGGAGUGGAAACUCGACACCCUCUCCGAUCUUUAUGAGACCGUUACCAUUACUCAAGCUGUCAUCUUCUGCAACACCAGGAGAAAGGUCGACUGGCUCACUGAUAAGCUCAUUGCCCGUGAUUUCACUGUCUCCGCUAUGCACGGCGAUAUGGAACAAGCUCAACGUGAUGUUAUUAUGAAGGAAUUCCGCUCUGGUUCUUCCCGUGUCUUGAUUGCUACCGAUUUGCUUGCUCGUGGUAUCGAUGUCCAGCAAGUCUCCCUCGUUAUCAACUACGAUCUCCCUGCCAACCGUGAAAACUACAUCCAUCGUAUUGGUCGUGGUGGUCGUUUCGGCCGUAAGGGUGUUGCUAUUAACUUCGUUACCGCUGAUGAUGUCCGCAUGAUGAGAGAAAUUGAGCAGUUCUACAGCACCCAAAUUGAAGAGAUGCCCAUGAACGUUGCCGAUCUUAUUUAG